UGCAGAAGAAGAAGAAAAACAGCAACAUGAGCGGCAGAGGAAAGGGAGGCAAAGGACUCGGAAAAGGAGGCGCCAAGCGCCACCGAAUUCUGCGUGACAACAUCCAGGGAAUCACCAAGCCCGCCAUCCGCCGUCUGGCUCGCCGGGGAGUCAAGCGCAUCUCCGGCCUCAUCUACGAGGAGACCCGCGGUGUGCUCAAGGUCUUCCUGGAGAACGUCAUCCGUGACGCCGUCACCUACACCGAGCACGCCAAGAGGAAGACCGUCACCGCCAUGGACGUGGUCUACGCUCUCAAGAGGCAGGGCCGCACUCUGUACGGCUUCGGGGGUUAAACUCGCAACCACUGCAAAAGAACAAACCCAACUAAACAAAACAAAGGCCCUUUUCAGGGCCACACACUCACCUCUUCAUCAGCGAGUAUUCCUGUGAAGUUUAAACGUUAAACGAUGCUAUAAUAUUUUGUGCAACUGAAAUCUUGCGCCUUUAUAUUUAUUUAUUUCCUUCAUCUUGUUGUGCUUGUUUAGU